UCAGUUUCAUUUCUUUCACAUUUCGCUGGGCUCUUCUUCCUCAUUGCUGGCAAAAUGGCAAACGCAGCAUCCGGAAUGGCCGUGAACGAUGAAUGCAAAUUGAGAUUUCAGGAGCUAAAAGCAAGAAGGACUUACCGAUUCAUAGUGUUCAAAAUUGAGCAACAAGAAGUGGUGGUUGAUAAACUAGGAGGCUCAAAUCAAAGCUACAAUGACUUUACAGCCAGUUUGCCAGCUGAUGAGUGUCGCUAUGCCGUCUUUGAUUUUGAUUUCACAACUGACGAGAACGUCCAGAAAAGCAAGAUUUUCUUCAUUGCAUGGUCACCGGAUACAUCAAAGGUGAGGAUGAAGAUGGUGUAUGCAAGUUCCAAGGACAGAUUCAAGAGAGAACUGGACGGCAUUGCAUUUGAAUUGCAAGCAACAGAUCCGAGUGAGAUGAGCAUGGACAUUGUGAAGGAGAGGGCUUUCUAA